AUGUCUUUCCGAGGCCGUGGCGGCGGCCGUGGUGGCGGGUUCCGAGGCGGUCGAGGCGGUUUCGCGGCGCCUACCGGCCCUCCUGCCCAGGUCCUGGAGAUGGGCGAGUUCCAGCAUGCCGUCGAGGGCGAGAUGCUGUGCCGUUCCUCCAACGUCAAGGUCCCCUACUUCAACGCGCCCAUCUACCUCGAGAACAAGACGCCCAUUGGCAAGGUCGACGAGAUCCUCGGCCCCAUCAACGAAGUCUACUUCACCAUCAAACCCCAGGAGGGCAUCGUCGCCUCCAGCUUCAAGGCCGGCGACAAGGUCUUCAUCGGCGGCGACAAGCUGCUGCCCCUCGAAAAGUUCCUGCCCAAGCCCAAGGUCCCCGGCGAGAAGAAGCUCAAGAGGGCCGGCGGUGGUUUCAGGGGAGGAGGCAGGGGUGGUCCCCGCGGCGGCGGCGGCGGCUUCAGAGGACGGGGAGGCCCGCGCGGCGGCGGUGGCUUCUCUCGGGGGGGCGGUGGCCGGGGCGGGAGCGGCGGCUUCUCGCGAGGAGGCGGCCGCGGCGUUAUAGACGGCGAUGCUUUCGGCCGCGGCAGAGGGUAG